GUGUGGGUGUUAGCAUCAUAGAAAUUUGAUCUUUCUCAUUUACAUACACAUUUGUUCCUUCCCAACUCGUGUUAUGAAAUCAGAAAUCAGUUAAAUUUCCAGCAAAUAAACUAACAAUGUCUAAAACUUUUUUUGCCUCAAACACUAUUCUUCCGCCAUGGAAUUCCUCUGAGCCACCAUUAAUCCCCUGUAAUUCCCAAUUCCACUUCAAACCCACCACCCGCCGUCACCUUAUCACCUCAAUUUCCAUCCUAAUAACUCCAUUUUUGGCUAGUGACCCAUUUAGCCCCUUUCCAUUACCAGUGUCCCAUGCUCGUGGGCUUUUUCAAAUGCCCCCUUUUCGCCUCACUAACAGGUACUUUUUGGUGAGAGCAGGGGAAUCGGAAUAUGAGAGUCUGGGGCUGAUUAAUACUAAUCCGGUAGCCAAAACAUCGGUGGAUAAUGGGCUGUCUGAGAAAGGGAAGAAACAGACAGUUAGGGCGGCGUUUGAUUUGAAGGAAAUGAGGGCUUGUGAUGGGAAUUGUUGGAUUUGGCCUUCAAUCACUCAGAGAGCUUAUCAGGCUGCUGAGAUUAUCGCUGCUGUUAAUGGUGUUAAUCGAAGCCAUAUAGUCCCUGAAUAUAGCUUUCUCGAUGCUCGUGGAUUGGGGGCAUAUGAAGGAAAAAGUUUGGAUACUUUAUCCGAAGUGUAUGAAUCAGAUAGCCUUUCUCCGAACAUAAAGCCACCUCCUACUGAUGAUGGAACACCUAAUGAGAGUGUUUUGGAUGUCUUUGUUCGUGUAACACAAGUUAUGUCGAUUCUUGAAACUCAAUACUCUGAGGACACAGUCAUCAUAGUCUCACCAGAUUCUGAUAACUUGACAAUUCUGCAAGCUGGUUUAACAGGGCUUGAUCUUCGAAGGCACAGGGAUCUUUCUUUUGGGCCAGGUGAAGUUAGAUUUGUUGACGCUAGCAGCAUACCUACCUAUAAGCAACCUGCAUCCACAGUUUAUAAAUGCUUAAACCCCCCUAGCUGUACAUGACAUUAUACUCCUAACCUUGGAUCUCACCACCAAGAAUGCAGGUGAGAUACGUCAACUUUAUCAGCUAUAUACUGUUGGAUUCGGCAUCAUGUUUUAUGUAUAUCAUUGAU